AUGGAUGAUACCAAGUUCCGGCAAGAUCAUUCUAAAAUCAAAAUAGUAAUGAAGGACUGCCUUGAUUCCUUUUGGAAUAAAUUGCAUUUUAAAAAAAAUGAACUUGAAGAGGUCUUUGUAAUGGGCAUUCAGAUUACAGAUGGUGACAUUGACAUUGCCAACAUGCCAACAAUUUUAUCUGAGAUGGAAGACCUUUUGCCAGAUUUCUUGGAAAAUCUUCUAGCAUUACAGCAUACACAAAUAGAACUGGUUGCAAAGAUUCGAAAAUAUUCUCAAAAAAGACUCUCUACUCCAUCUCCACCCUCAUCACCAUUGCACGAAACUAAAGAGUCUCCCUUGAAAAAACAAAAAACUAAAGAAAGAUCCUUUUCGUAUCUUAGACAACUUAUACUAAAUAAAAUAAAUUAG